UUUCCGUUGCCGCAGCCAGACGUUUGAGCCGGUUUGAAUUCGAAAGUCCCUCCCUCUUGUGCGCGCUCGUGCGUUUUGUUCGUUACGGAUUCAAAACAAAAACAACUGCCGAGGGGCACACGCAUUUUGAGUUAUUUUUAAAGGAAGAAGCGGCCGAAUCUGCUCUUUUUUCUCGGUUUCUCCAUGUCGAAACCGAAAUAAAACCCAACAACAACCGAAAAGCGAUUUUGUGAGUGCAAUAAACCAAACUGCAGCGCUGUAAAUACGCGUGUUUCGGUGUGUGUUUGUGCGGUGCAUCUACGAAAAUAAAACACGCAUCAAAAAUCUUACUAUAUAUACUCUCAUCUAUAUGCAUGAGCCGAUCGCAGUGAAAUUAUUUGCCUAGAAAUUGCUUGGCCGAAAAUUUGAAAGCCCCAAUAUUUGCAUAUAAGCCGCAGUUUGACAGUCACCGAACGAAAGCGCAAAAAAACCUGUCAAACGGGUUAAAAACUCGUAAAAAAAGAGAUAUUUAUGAAAAAAAAUCGUUGUGUUUUUGUGUGAGCAAAACACCUGAAAGCAAAAAGUCAGCUAAAAUUAUAGCAAUUACCACAGAAUAUAUCUUAGGGCCAAGAACGCCCACUGAUGAGCAAAACCCCUGUCAGAGGUACGGAUAAUGCAGUUCUAAGCCGAGUUUGUAAAGCAACGAGGCAAGCAGUGCAAUUGCAGCAUCAGCAUCAAGGAAAAAUAGUAAUUUGAUCUAAGCACGCCCACUAUAGAAAAAUAAACCCUUCUGGAGGUUAACGCAAAGAAGCCACAGCACCUAUAAAAGCUGCAACAUCAGUAUAAACCAACUUAGAAACACUGGAGAAAAUAUCUUUUACUUGAAAAGAUAGAUUUAAAAAGUUAAAAAUAUCUAUUUCUUGAGGAUGAGAUAUGCGUUUUGGCAAAUAGUUGCAUAAACAGCAACUGCAGUCCAAGUACCAGCAGCAGCUUCAAGGGAGUCUAUCCACAUUUUGGCUUAGAAGAUUGGCUAAAUCGGCUACCAAUGCAGUCGUAGGCCAAAAGCAAGAGCAACAACCACUGCAGCAGCAACAACCGCGGCAGCAACAGCAACUGUGGCAUUUUACAGCGAAGGCGCCGAAAGACGUUGGGUGCGUCAGGCAGUCAUGGGGGUACUGAGAUGGCGCGAUUCCCCCGGAUCGCGUAUAUCGGGCUCAAUCGGCAGCAGCAGCAGCAGCAGCAACAGCAACAACAACCAUCACCACAAUAGCAACAGCAGCAACAACAACGCUCAUCAGCAGCAACAGCAGCACAACAACAACCACCACAUCAACAAUAACAACAACAACAACAAUCGCGAGAACCACCACCGCGGCAGUAACACGAGUGAGGAGCGUGUGCCCCAGCCGCACUCGCCCCACGACAGCCACGCCCAUCCGCACAACGGUGGGCUGCAGCACUCGGGAUCGCGGGCGACACUGCGCCACUCGAUGAACCACUCGAGCAGCUCCACAGUCUCGGGCUCCGCCUGCAGCUCCACGCCCGCCUCCCCCCAGCUGAGCGGCGUGGUCAGCGCCUCCGGGUGCCAGCUGCUGUCCAACGGACACCACUACCAGUCUCAGUCGUCGGUGAGCUCCAACUCGUCGAUCGUCUCGGCCAUUCCCGCCUCGCAGAGACUGCUGGAGGAGGCGCUGGCCAAGUCGGCCCCGUACCCCAUGAUCCUGCUGCCCCUGCACGGCGGCUACUGGAUGGAUGGCACCGAGCACGAGUGCGCCUACGAUGCGAGGGGAAAUCCCCUGCUGCCGCAGACCACCUGGAUGGCCAAGUUCGAGACGGAUGACACGGCCAAGUGCUAUCGGCGCUUCUACGCCGCCAGGGAGCACUCGAAUCUGAUUGGACAGGACGAGCAGUUGGGUCCGAUUCUCCUUUCCAUCAAAUCGGAAAAUGUGGCCAACCAGGAGCACAUGAGAAUCCUGAUGCGAUUGCGAACUGGCACGAUGCACGAGUUGCUACCAGUUUCCUGUCUGAUGCCCCAGCCAAGUCCGGCCAAAAUGGCGCAUACACUGAACGAAAAUAUCACGGUGGAGCACUUUAUGCCGAUUCUAUGCCCCAAGGCCUCGAACCUGAUCAGCGUUUACGACGAGCAUGUGCUCGUUUCGCACUUCAAGUUUGGAGUGCUCUACCAAAGAUAUGGCCAGACCACGGAGGAGGAACUCUUCGGCAAUCAGCAGACAUCGCCGGCGUUCGAUGAGUUCCUGGAUGUCCUGGGCCAGCGGAUACGGCUGAAGGAUCACAAGGGCUAUCGCGGUGGACUGGACAUUCAGAACGGUCAUACGGGCGAUACGGCGGUCUAUGAGGUCUUCAAGGAGCGCGAAAUCAUGUUCCAUGUGUCCACUUUGCUACCCCACACCGAGGGCGAUCCGCAGCAGCUCCAGAGGAAGCGACACAUUGGCAACGACAUUGUGGCCAUCGUUUUCCAGGAGACCAACACUCCCUUCUCACCCGACAUGAUCGCCAGUCACUUUCUGCACGCUUUCAUUGUGGUCCAGCCCAUCGAACCGAACACCCCACACACCCGCUAUAAGGUCAGCGUUACGGCCAGGGACGAUGUGCCCUUCUUUGGACCCACUCUGCCCAGUCCCGCUGUUUUCCGCAAGGGUCAGGAGUUCAAGGAGUUCAUCCUGACCAAGCUGAUCAAUGCGGAGAAUGCGUGCUACAAGGCCGAAAAGUUUGCGAAGCUAGAGCUGCGCACCAGGACAUCGCUGCUGCAGAACUUGUGCGAGGAGUUGCGGGAGAAGACUCGCGACUUCCUGGGCACCGAUCUUUCCCAGACGUCGGCCGGAAGUCCCACACCCGACACCCCCAAGACGGAAAGUGGCGGCGGCGGAAAUGCCGGCUCCCGCUUCAUCGACACGGUGAAAAAGGCUCUGAUCAUGCGGGUGCGUUCCCAGAGCGUGGACACCGGAAACGGUCAUGGGCCGGGACAAACGGACAAGUUCAGUGUGAACACCAAGCUGGGCACACUGAGUUCCAAGAAGGAGGCGCAUCCCGAAAUGCAGACACCCAAUCUAAAUACCUGCAGCCGCACGGCCUCAAAGUCCUCAUCCAAGUCCAAGUCCUCGAACGAGUCCACCUCCUCCUCCCCGGACAUCACCUCCCGCCAGGCGAACAACAACAAUAGCAACUCCAACGGCGGACUCCUGCCCCAAAAUGGAUCCGGAGUGGGCGUGGUAGCGGCAGCAGUGAGUGCCGCCCAAAACGGAGUGGUUGCAGUGGCUACCAUGUCGGAGACGAGCGACGACUCCAGCCUGAACAGCGUGGAUCUGGACCCGAUGAUGGCCCACCUGGAUGGCGGCGCCACCUACAUAGACAGUGAUACCGGGCUGGAGAGCAUGAGUUCGGCGGAGGCCACCACCAAGGCGUGCUCCCUGUGCCUGGAUGGCGUCCAGUCCACCAUGAUGGGCAGCUCGCCCAGCAACGAGACGAUCGUGAAGAUCGAGAACCUUCGCCAGGAGGUCACGCGGUUGAAGUGCGACAAGCUGGAUCUUCUCAGGCAGAAUGUGACCUGUCAGCGCGACAUCAAGCGACUUAGGGAGCGGGAACUGUCCCUGCAAGGCGAUCUAGCGGCUGCUGGCAGGGAGAUCCUGCGACUGCGGGAUCUCCUCAAGGAAUACAUGCCCGAUACGGCUUCAGCACCACUCUCCAUAUCGCCCAUCUAAGCGUUAAACGCAAGCCCUUGAUGGCAGAUUGGAUGGGGAAGGAAGGCGGGAGAAGGAGUAACCACUGUGCCGUGUAUAACACUUUGGAGAAGGGGAUCGACGAGUCGUUCGGAGAGUUGAAUAGCAGACAGUUGGCGUAGCCCCCAGGAGCCCCAAACAAAAACAAAAACUGUAUUAUAUUUAGUUUAUGUAGCUGUAGUUGUAGAUCCCCGGAGAUCGGACAGGUUGCAGCCGGCAUGCGCAUGGACAAGUUAUUAUAUACACUACAAGCAAACAGUUACAAACUAAACUAAACAAAGCGAUAAAACAGCAAAUUGAAAACAGAACACAAAACUCAAAAAAGUACACCAAAUAUAUAAUAUAAGUCUUUAAGCAUAUUUAACGCAAGAAUAACACCCCACCCCUAACCCUAAAUCGUAAAGCCCAAACCAAUUCCGGAACCCAUCCCAACUCGAACCUAAGUAGAACGCGAUCAAUCACAAAGCAUCACACAGAGAUCGAUAUUGAUAUAUUAUGAUAGUAAUCACAAAACACCCAAGUAACACAUGUAGCAAAGUUUGAGGUUUGCAAAACCGUUACUCGUUCGUUAGUCGCACUCGUGAACUGUUACUGUUACCGUGACCGCUACCGUGACUCUCGCUUCACAUUUCAUCCCCAUAAUGGAAUUUAACUAAAUUAUGAUCGAUAUACGAUUUUAAGUUUAAACACUCUACAACAAGCACACCGCGAAAUAAACAAAAAAGAGGGAACUCUUAACCUUA